UCGCGUUCGUCGUGCGGUAAAAACAUCGACACCAUAAUUACCUAAUUUUUUUGUUUGUUUCGUAUUGACAAUUUGUCAUCUUUCUGUUCAACAAGUUUUUUCGUGAAAUCAUUUAUCAGUUCUAAAAAAUAAAAUUUAGUAAAUAUUUUCAUUGCUAUUGUUUCAACUACUGUGAUAAAACUUAUUUUCUUCAAUACAAUUUUAAGAAACGGUGCUACAAAAAUGUCGUGUGAUACCACGUCGGAAGACAUUGAGGAUGAAAUCAACAGCUGGGGCUAUUCUGUUUCGUUAUCGGAUUUUGAACGAUCUCGCCGAUUAGAGGACGUUGUUGGGCUAACCAGGAAUAGCUCAAUGGCUGGCCGGGGAAGGGGAAUUACCGACAAUAACUACAUGGCAACGGUAAGAAUGGCCUCCGAAAUAAAUGAUCUUAAAUCCAAAACCAUUCCUAUGGGCCAUUUAACGACUACCUCUGAAAUAUUAAAUGCGCCUCCUGAGAACGAAAUAACUCCACUUUUAAGAAAGCUUGGUAUCAGUGGACACGACGGGGAAAUAAGCAGUAAAAAAACAAGACAAGUGCCGAGCUACCAAGAAGAAAUUCAACUGGAUGGUAACAUACCAGUUAUACUGAAUGGUGAACUAUUCAAAGAACUCAAUGGAAACGUUUCUUCCGAAACGAUUUCGAGCGACGAUGAACCAUACGAUCCAACGCGUCCAAUCUACGAACAGUUUUCAACAAUCAAAGAAUUUGCCUCAAUCAAAACUGAAAAUCAACCGAAAUUAACCAUCCAAGAGAGUCACGUAAAUGAAAGCACUUCAACAAACCCCAAAACUUCCUCAUUGAGUUCGUCUCCGGUUUCCAUUGAACUUUCGUCACAUUCAACACCAGCAAACGAUGAAAGCUCGACUUCGACAAGUGUAACGACCUAUAGUACUGGUGAGCAGUACUCCAAUGAGCAGUGGUGUGAAGAACCACUCUUGAAGAAAAAGGACAAGUUGUACACCCCGAAACAAUUAUACCAAAUCAAAAAGAUACAUUCACAUAGUGUGUCUACAAAGUGAAGGACAAUCAAAGUCAACUACCCCACUGGUUUUUGGAAUUGAUUCAUCAAAUUAGAUGACGAAAAAUCGUUGGGAGAGCUUGUGUAUUUAUUUUGAACAGAAUCAACAUGUGAUUCUUUGUUUAUUUAUUUACAAUCAACAGACACAAUUUGGCCCUAAUGAUAAUUCCUAAAUUAAUAAUGUUCAGGAAAUCAGCACGCCGGAAUGAAUGUAAAUUAGAGUAAAUUAAGGUUAAUCAAACCUUUGUGAAAUAAAAUCAUUACAAUUACAACUAGAAUAGAUAAUUAUAAUAUAAUCUCGAAAAGGCAGUAAACAAGUAUGCAACAGCA